AUGACCUCGCAGAAAAUCUUGCUGGAAUACCUGGUCGACAAGGUCAACCUUGUGGAGGGGCCGGUUCUGGAACUCGGCCUUGGCAAUGGCAGAACCUAUGAUCACCUGAGGGAGAUCUAUCCCGACAAGGAAAUCUUUGUUUUCGAUUUCGCGAUGAACUGCCAUCCGAGCUGCGCGCCGGACGCGGAUCACAUGAUACUCGGUGACAUACGCGAUACGCUUGCCUUCUGUGCUCCGCGUGUUCGGGCACAGGCCUCUUUCGCCCAUAUCGACAUCGGAUCGGCGGACCCGACAAACGAUCUUGCAAUCGUCAACUGGCUCGCACCGCUGAUCGAUGAACGCAUGGCGGUUGGAGGCUUCGUUUUGACGGCACUCGAACUCGAUCUGCCGAAUUUCGAACUUCUCGAAAAACCGGAAGGCAUCCAUCCGGGCAGGUAUCACAUUUACCGCAAGUUCGCCGAAGCCUAA